AUGGAAAUUAUUGAGUUAAGUUCAGAAUCAGAGGGCGAAAACUUUGUUGACUUGUGUUCAGAUGGUGAAGACAACACCGUUCUGUGCUCAGACAGCACCGUUUCAUGCUCAGACAGUGAAGACGAUGGUCAUGGUGAUCGCACCCGUUUUCGCCCGACCAUCCAACCUCUCAGUAUCAGCACAACUUCUGACGAGAAUAGCGACGAAGAACCAAUCAUGUUGGAAGUCGACAGUUUUUUAAGUGACACUCGUCCGGCUUCAACCUUUUAUAGGCCUGCCGAGAAUAGACCAGCCACUGGAAAGAUAUCAAAACUGACAAAGAAGGAAUUGCUUGGGCAGUCCAUAACUUCUGUUAUUGAUGCUCAAGCCGAUAUUGGCUCAGAAGUCCCAGAGAAAAGCCUUUUCAGUGUUGAUGAGAAAGUUGUUUAUGAAGAUGCCCUGCAGUAUAUCCAACAGGAAAAAAGGGAAGAAGAUUUGCCUGAAGAUGUUCUGUCAGUAUCACUCCUUAAGCAUCAGAAAAUAUCAUUAGCUCGGAUGGUCUCUAGGGAGAAUAAUGCACAUUGCUCAGGUGGAAUUUUGGCGGAUGAUCAGGGUCUUGGGAAAACAAUAUCGACAAUUGCCCUUAUACAGAAGGAGAGGCUUCAGCAAUCUAGGUUCAUGAGUAAUGAUUCAGAAUGUGAAAUAUCUAUUGUCGACGAAAGCUAGUCGGCAGUCUACCUUGGGGUAUACCCACGGU